UCUCCGGUUUCCCUCCCUCGUCUCAAAAUCUGGGGGGUAAAAAAAAAAAGAAAAAAAAGAGGAGUUUAGAAAAGCCAAAAUCGACCGUUGAAGAUUGGGAGCGGCGGCGAGAGUUGAGAAUGGGGAGGAAGAGAGAAAGGUCAGAAAUCUCCUCCGAAGCCGCUGAUGCUGCAAUUGCAAGCGGGAAUAAUAACAACAACAACAACAAGCAUGAUCAGAUUCAAUCCCUGUCACACUCACAGUCGUACGAGCAGACCAGAGAAGAGAGAAUCAGAGAAAACCUCCAGAAAAUGCAAAAGCUCGGCAUUUUUGAUCUCUCUCUCAAGCUCAACUCUCACAUUCAUCCCAAACGCACUCCACUGCGCAAAUCGUCUCCUGCCUUGCCCCCAUCUGGACCCCUUAGGCGCUCUUCCAGGUUGCAGAAUGUGACACCAGUUAGCUACACUGAAGUACAACUAGUGAAGAACGACAAGGGGUUAGAAGAUGAGGAUAUUUUGCCAGAGGUGGGCUCGAAGCCGGAGAUAUACACAGAUGAGCAUGAAAAGCUAUUGGGUAAUACGGAGAAGAGUUGGGAGCUAUUUGUGGAUGGUUGUGGGCCAGACGGAAAGCGAAUCUAUGAUCCAGUAAAGGGAAAGACUUGCCAUCAAUGCAGGCAGAAAACUCUUGGUCACCGUACUCACUGCUGCAAAUGCAACAAAGUUCAAGGACAGUUUUGUGGAGAUUGUUUAUACAUGAGAUAUGGGGAGCAUGUACUUGAAGCCAUAGAAAACCCAGAUUGGAUGUGCCCUGCAUGUCGUGGAAUUUGCAACUGCAGUCUGUGUCGGCAAGCAAAGGGAUGGGCACCCACUGGCACUCUCUACAAGAAGAUAUCACAACUGGGCUUCAAAUCGGUAGCACAUUACCUCAUUCAAACUCGUCGCAGGGAAACAAACUUGGUAAAAAGUCCAGAUACUGCCAACCAUGUUUCUGCCAAAAGGUUACUGCAGUUCUCAGAUAAAGAUGAAGUAUCUAAGGAAUCUCUUGAUGUCAAUAACAAUAAUAUUGGAUCAUCAGAACCUCAAUUUGAAGAUCAAAGUGCUGACAAGUUCAAGAGUGAGAGAGAGAAAAGGAUGCACGGUAGCCUAAAUCAACAUAUAGACAGUCAAAUCUCUGUGACAAGGUCAUUGUCCUUUUCUGAUGGACCACUAUCUCAGAAUGUUGGACCUUUGGAUGUUAAGCACAAGGUUCAUUAUCAGUUUGGAUUGUUGAAACCACAAUGUGAAAACAAGGGUGAUGAUUUUGAAAGUGAGAAAGAGAAAGAAAUGGGUGGAACAGAAGACAUUGAUAGUCAUACUGCACUCUCAAAGCUAAAAAGGAAGCCUGCUCAGACCAUCGAACCAAGCAUUGAUACUAUUGCAGGAAGAUUAAGGCAGAGGCGUAAGGAAGGACAUCAAGAUAAUGACUUUCAAAAGCCAAAAGAGAAUGUUUCGUGCUGUAAGGAUGUUGUAAACAAAGUAUUAAUAGGAAAGGAAGUGGAUCAAGAGAUAGAAGAGCAUUUUAGUGGUAACAAACAUGAUAUUAUUAAUGACACUGUCUUGGAGAAUAAUCCGAUGUUGAAGGAUCCUUCUCUUGCCACUGAGCCAAGCUCAGAUAGUAUUGCUGGGAGAUUAAAGCUGAGGAGCAGGAACCAUGGAAAUGCCGAUGAGUCUCCAAAUGUAGAUGAUAACAUAUCAGAUGUUAAGCCGGAUGCAGAAAAUAUUUGGACAGAUAAGGAAGUGAAGAAAGACAAGGAAGUGCUAUCGUCUGAUAUUAAACAUAAGAAUGAUAGUAACACUCCACUGGAGAAAAGUCAAAUGCUCGAGCACAAGCAUGCUCAAGCCAGUGGACCAAGCUUAGAUAGUAUUGCUGGAAGAUUAAGGCAGAGGCGUAGAGAAGCUGAUGACCAUGAUGGUGGUAUACAAGUGGAGACAAAAACAGAUGUUAUACAAGUUGCUAACUGCAUGUCAGAAUUUUCUUCUUCAAAAAUGAGUUCAGAGAGUAUGGCAAGAAGAUUGAGGCCUAGGCGCGCAACAAUGUGCGAAUGAGUUUCCUAUGAAACUUUUCCCACCACUUUUGACCAACAAUGCAGAAUUUCCUAACUUUGUAAGGAACUCCAUUUUGCAAUUUUGAGUAUUGGGCAAACAUUCUGGAUUCCGUCUAAGCCUCAUGUGGUGGUGAUUCCGUUUAGGUAUAACAGCUGGGAGUUUGCUAGAUAUGCAAGACGCAUCAUUUUGUUGGUAGUUUUUUGAUUUUGCUAUAUUCCCGCCAUAGAGAAGAUACUAAAGUGUGGGUUGAGUCUGCCUAUGUAACCCUUUUUUUAAGUAAAUUGUCUGCUAUAUAUGCUGCUUUUUUUCUUCUUGUUU